AAAGAAAAAGAAAAUGGCUGCUUCAAGGAUUUUUCUCUCGAGAUUAUCACUUCGAUCUCCGUCACUCUCAUCCAAACUCCAAAAUAAACCUUCAAUUUCAUCAUCACCACUGAAAACGGCUUUUUCUUCUGCUUCUAAGUCUCAAAUUUCUGAUUCCAUGAAUCGCAUCUCUAGAAAUUCAAGGUUACCAGUAUUAGGGAGCUUAAUGUCAAUGAUGCCAUUGCAUAGUGCAAUUGCUUCAGCUAGAUUACAAUCAAUACUUUCAAGCGAAUCUCAGAGCUGGGGGUUGAUUCCUCAAGGCAACUCAAUGCCUUUAUGACGGCAUUACAUAUCUAUUGGUCUCGAACCUCGCAGACUUUUCUGUUUCCGCGAAAGACUUUCAGUUUAGGACCCUGGCUGACUUUUGUCUUGAUGGAUGUUUUUUAAUACUUUUGAAUGCAAAGUUUUCAUAAAUUUUUACUGGGAGUCUGUGAUUCCUUCCAAGUAUUUCUGUAUUUGUUUUGAAUCUGCCAGUGACAAGAGGUUCUAGAUUUUUUUGUGGCACAGUAUGUGAAAGCUGCUUCAGAAUGAAAUCUAUUAACAAUCA